AUGUCUUUUAGUAGAAGGAACUGGUCUGAUCUCUCCAGCUUGGCCAGGCAGAGGACCCUUGAGGAUGAAGAAGAGCAGCAAAGAGAGCGCCGGCGAAGGCACCGGAACAUGCUGUCCUCCACAUCGACAGAUGAAGAACCUCCUAGCCCUGUGAAACACACCAGUCCAGCUUCCAGCAGACCUCAAUCCCUGGUGAAGCCAGUGUCUCCGGAGGAUGAGGAAGAGCAUAAGCUCUCAGAGGUGCUGAAGACACAAGAAGGGAGACGGACAAAGUCCCUGAUGACUGUCUCUGAAAAGCUGAGGCAGGAGAAGGAGCAGCAGGAGCCAGAGGUGGGAGUGAGCUGUGCAGAGGCAGGGACACAGCUGCGCGUGGGGCAGGAGAGCAUCAAGGCUGGAGAGCGGGGUCAGGAUGCGGCCAAGGGCAGAGGGGACUUGCCAGGAGACCAGCACCCAGAGCCAGCCUCGGAGACGAAGGUGGUGAUGAGGGGACGGCUCCAGGACAAAGAGAGGCAAGGUGUGGGGACUCCUCAAGGAGAGCAGAGGAAGGAGGUGGGGGAGCUGCAGCAGCAGGCAUCACUAGAGCUGGGGCGCUGCCGGCUCCGCGAAGUGAAGAUCCUUACCAGACAGGGAAGCUGCAGCACAGAGAAGACAGCCUUGGUGGUGACCUCAUCUCUGGACCAGCAGCAACCAUCCAGGAAUCCCUCAAAGCAGGUAAUACAGCUGUCUCCCACCCAAGAUGAACCUGCAGAAAAGUCAGAUACUUCUCCAACUCAUGUCACCUACAGCAGCUCCAUCAGACGAACCAGCCCAAGAACUGUUUCCUUUCGGGUGAUCUCAAGAAAGCAGAAAGAAGAAAGCCAAAGCCCUCUCACAAGGAGUGCAAGUCUGAGGAUCCCAGGUAGCAGCACCACCAUUGGGGAGAAGCUGGAAAAAUACACCUCAGCUGUGCAGCGCUCGGAGGUGGUGAAAUCGUCUCUGACUGUUCAGAAAAGCCUCUUGCUGUCCUCGGAGGGGGUGGCCAGCAAGCGCAACUUCUUCGAGGCAAGCGCUCCCAGUAAGGCUGAGCCGCUUGCUGUCAGGAAGGACAACCUGAAGGUCCCGGGAUCAGUGACAUCCCGCAUUAAUCUGUGGAUCAGCAGAGCUCAGGAGCCUGCCAAAGAGGAAAAGAGCAAGGACAUCAGGAAAAUAAACAGCCUGCCAAACCGUGAUGUCUGGGUAAAGCAGCCUGGAGACCACCCUGGAGACACCAAGGUAGACAUGGAACUGCUUUGA